CUUUAAUAAAUAUUAGUCCAGCUUAUAGGGGACUUGAUCUUUUCAGCUGUAAAAUAGAAAGUGUUAGUGGCUUAGAUCUGACUCCAGUUUGUCAUGCUUGGAUAGCAAGUGUAGUUUUAAGUUGGAUUUUGUUUGUAAUUUGUUCAAUAAUAAUGAUUUUCACAUUGCGUGCAUCAAGAGAACGUUUUAAAACUGAAAAAUAUGAGCAAAAGUUGGCUGAAUUAGAUGAAUUGCCUGCUCCUCAGGUGAUCACUAUACCAGAAGUUCAACAAUCUGCUGAGUCAGAACAAGAUGUUCCACAACAACAAACACAACUUUUAUUACAGAGUGGUUUACCAGAUCAAGGAAUUCCACUUCAAAUUGUUUUACCUCAAAUUGCACCUCAAGUAAUAUCUAUAAUUUUGACAAAAGAUAGUGAUGAUUCUACAGAUUCUACAGAUUCUACAAAUUCUAAUUUUCUUAUAAUUCCAAGCCAACCAAGGUCAGAAACCUCCUCAUUACAUGAAGUUCCUCUCUAA